CACACACACCCUGCUGGCCUGCGCUCCUCCUCCUCCUGCCCCCCCGGGCGCCGAAUCCCGCGGAUAAAUAGCGGCCCGCGGCCCGACGCCGGGAGACCUUUCCAUCUACAGAGCUGCAAAGGUUUCUGCUUUUACCUUUACCUUGCCUUUUGCUUCGCUCGCUGCCUGCCCAUGGCGGCGGCGGCGGCGUGGGUGCGGGUGGCGUUCCUGGCCGCCGUGGCCGCGUCCGCGGCGGAGGCGCUGAGCCUGGACGUCCACCACCGGUACUCGGCGAUCGUGCGGGAGUGGGCGGGCCACCACAGCGGGCCGCCGGCCGGGACGGCGGAGUACUACGCGGCGCUGGCCGGGCACGACCUCCGCCGCCGGUCGCUCGCCUCCGCGGGACCCGGCGCCGGAGGGGAGGUGGCCUUCGCCGACGGCAACGACACCUACCGGCUCAACGAUUUCGGAUUCUUGCAUUACGCGGUGGUGGCGCUGGGGACGCCGAACGUGACGUUCCUGGUGGCGCUCGACACCGGCAGCGACCUCUUCUGGGUGCCCUGCGACUGCAUCAAGUGCGCCCCGCUCGUCUCCCCCAACUACGGGAAUUUGAAGUUCGAUGUGUAUAGCCCUCAGAAGUCGAGUACUAGCCGGAAGGUCCCUUGCAGUAGCAAUUUGUGUGAUCAGCAGAGCGCGUGCCUAUCGACAAGCAGCAGCUGCCCAUACAGUAUCGAAUACUUGUCUGAUAACACGUCGUCCUCAGGUGUGCUAGUUGAGGAUCUUUUGUACCUGAUAACUGAGUAUGGCCAACCGAAAAUUGUUACAGCCCCCAUAACAUUCGGUUGUGGACAGGUUCAGACAGGUUCAUUUCUGGGCAACGCUGCGCCCAAUGGUCUGCUUGGGCUUGGUAUGGACAGUAAAUCAGUUCCAAGUCUGCUUGCAAGUGGAGGAGUUGCAGCCAAUUCCUUCUCAAUGUGCUUUGGAGAAGAUGGCCAUGGUAGAAUCAAUUUUGGGGACACCGGAAGCUCGGACCAGCAAGAAACCCCAUUAAAUAUUUAUAAACAAAACCCAUAUUACAACAUAAGCAUCACUGGUGCUAUGGUGGGAAGUAAAUCAAUUAACUCCAAGUUUAGUGCUAUUGUCGACUCUGGCACCUCUUUCACAGCUCUGUCUGAUCCUAUGUACACUGAAAUCACUAGCAGUUUCGAUUCACAAGUCGAAGAUAAGCCAAGCCAACUUGACUCUUCUCUGCCCUUUGAAUUUUGCUACUCUGUAAGUUCAAAGGGAUCUAUCAAUCCUCCAAACAUAAGUCUGACGGCAAUAGGUGGGAGUGUAUUUCCUGUCAAUGAUCCAAUAAUUACUAUAACGGACACUGCAUCUAAUCCACUUGGCUAUUGCUUGGCUAUGAUGAAGAGUGAAGGUGUUAACUUGAUAGGGGAGAAUUUUAUGUCUGGGCUGAAGAUUGUGUUUGAUCGAGAGAGGAAGGUCUUGGGUUGGAAAUUUUUUGAUUGUUACAGCGUGGACAACUCAAGUAGACUUCCAGCGAACCCAAAUCCUUCUGCUGUUCCUCCGAAGCCUCCAAUGGGGCCGAACAGUUACACUCCUGAAGCUGCCAAGGGUGCUUCACCGAAUGGCACCCAAGUCAACGUGUUGCAGCCUUCAGCAGGUUUUUCGCUGAAGCUGCAUUUCAACACAAACGUCUUCAUCGCAGCUGCUCUCCUGUUCGUCGCGAUUCUUUGAUCAGCUCAAAUUCCACAUGACAGCCUUCUGAAACAGAAUACACAGAUACGAUAGAUUUAGCUAAAGCUUCAUUACCUCGUAUUGAUUUAUGUGUAGCGGAAUAGGACCACAUUCUUUUGGCUUGGGUCCAGUAGGAAUUACAGGGUGUUAGAACACGGGAUGACUCAUAGCCUCAUAGGCCAUUUUUGUUCUACUUUUACACGUUCAUAUUGUACUUUUGUGAUGUUUUUCUCCACCCAGUGUUUAUGUCGUGGUGGCUGUACAUAUAUAGGUAACUUGAGGAUGUAUUGACACUUCUAUAGAAUAAUAGAAUAAGUGAAUAAUGAUGCUGGCAUGUGCUCCA